CCCCGGAAUCCUUACUACUAUUCUUUCAUGACCUUGAUCUUGUACGAUCCGGAUGAUGUGAAGGAUUCUGAGGGCAACUCUGACAGCGAGUCUUAGAGUAUCAACAACCCUUGGAGCCUUGUUGACGAUAAUGGGUUCCUUGAGGGUCGCACUCGCGACAUUAACGUUGCUGUCAAGGGUCACGACAGAUGGAAUAAUGAAAGGAGGCUCCCAAUUCAAGAGCGUCUGUUCGGCAGUUGGUGGAUAUUCUUGGCUUGGCACUCUGCUCACCUCAGCCGCAUCCUUGUUCUCGAUCCUUAGCUUCGCAGCUUUGUCUCAGGCUAGACCAAUGGCAAAGGCUAGAGAGGAUCAACCCCUGCUACGGGAUUCAGCCCUAUACCUGGGUGGGCGCCACUUUGUUUUGUAUUCGCAGCGGUAACCGAUUACUAUUGGGGGUCCUUGGGUCCUAAUGGGCUGUGCUAGGUGUUGUUGGUCUGUUUUUAGAUAUGCAUACAAUAUCUUGAGGCUGGGCAACCCUUGAUAAUAGAAGCCAGUCU